ACUGUAUUCGAGAUUCAGAUUUCAGACAUGGAAAGAGUCUUUGUUGACACUACGGAUAUCAUUUUAGUAGACAGCUCUACAGUUCUUUCUGAAUCCUUUGUUACAUCGUCAGAUAUGGGGGUUAUUUCAUGUUUUGUAGCCAUCAGCUAUACAUCAGUUGCUCUCUCAGACAGUGUUCUUCAGCCCACUAUAAAGAUGCAAAAGCACGAGCCAGCCUGGGGAGCUUGGCAUCAAACUGGCCAGGGCACCACCGCUAACCCAACGACAUUACAUCAUGGCGCAGGCGAAGCUUCCAGUUCAGCUUCACACGCUUCUCUCGACAAGCACACUUCAAUUCUCCAGUUUGGUUUCCAUCAGGGACCCCUAAUUAUGCCCAUUGUCUCAAAUCGCAUGCCUUAGUCUUGAAUUGCACCUGCGUGUAGCCUUUUCCUGAGGACACCCCUGUCGAUUCAUCGGUCUCUACACGUACACACCAGCUCCAACACAAACUUCUGUCCAAGGCACCAGCGUAUUUCAUCAAACAUCUCCACGAACCCCAACAAAGCGUCCCAGCUAUAGCCGUCGGCCCCGUGUUCUUCGUUUUGUCAAUGUAUUUUUGCGGACAUAGGGAUCUGAAAGAAGGCGGCGGUACGUCAUGCUUUUGGUAAAGGGGUAGUCAUGCCGAGAAUAAAACAUCACCGCUCGUCGCGUCGCGUGCCCCCGCCCAAAGAUAGCGACUUCGACCACGAGAUCAACCUCGUUGACAAGUCCGAGGCCGAGGACGACUCCAUCGGGCCUCCUACUGCGGGGCCGUCUUCGUCAUUGCAGGACUCAACACGGGAGUCAGCACUAGGGGUAUCUGAUCGUGAGAAUGGUGAUGCCAGCAAUGCGCGAGUAGGUGUAGCAGACGAGGAGGAACGCCCACGCCCCUCCAUCCACAUCAAUGAGCCUACACCAUUACGGGAAGACGUCGUCGACGCUGUCAACACCGGGACAGCAAGGAGGAAGAGUGUGAGCAAGAAAAAGGCGCCUGAGUCGGCAAUCGAGAUUCUCUACGAGAAUCAAAGAGGCGGCUUCCUCUGCGGAAUACCUCUUUUCUCCUCCAAAGCCCUGGGCAACUUGGACCCAACAGCAUGGACGAACUACGCCCACAAGCCCAGCCCGACAGAUAUACACACAGCUCAGGUGCCCGAUCCUAGCUGGGAGUGGGCUUGGCCGGAGUGGAAAAUCAACAAGGACGACAAUGUCGACGAUGAGGGCUGGGAGUAUUCAUUUGCAUUUUCUAAGAAGUUUUCAUGGCACAAGGCGAGAUGGUGGAACUCGUUUGUUCGUCGUCGAGCAUGGAUCAGGAAACGGGUCAGAAAAGAUUCCGGGUACAUUGCACAGGACCCCCAAAUGCUCAAUCCCGAGUAUUUUUCCGUUCGACCGUCGUCAGAAAUGAGUCGUGAACGCGAACGCGAACGCAGCUCGAGCAGGAUGAGUAAACGGACUGCCAGCCCCCGAGGCAGCAGACUUAGCAUGAGCUCAACGAAAUCAGGUGGUGCUGAACAACCAGACGACAUCGAGCAUGUUGGCGAUCUUCUGGCCAUACUGCGGACAUCCCGAAUCGACCGGGAAAAGAUCGAGGCUGUGGACAACUACCUUGAACAUGCACAGGAAGACCUGGCAGGGCUACAGAAGGUGAUGCACGAGAUCAUGUCACUCUUUGUAUUUCAGGCCUCGAGGAGGGUCUUGCUGACGAGAUUGACCGAGAUCCAUGAUCAAACGGUGGCACAAAGCAAGAAGGGCAAGGACGCAGAUGGAGAAUUACAACGGCGGGCGAGGAAUCUCGCCGACGCAGUCAAGCAUGCAGAUGAGGAGGUAAGAAAGCUUGAGUACUGGAGCGACGUCAAGGGAAUGGCUGAGGAGGGCGAUUCGACAGGAGCAGUGGAUCAUCGAAAGGGGUGGGAUCCGUCGUGGCAAGGCGUUGAUAAAUCCGGCCCUUCAGAGCCAGCUCCUCCAAACGGCGAGACCAAAAAUUGA